AAUGGCUUCAAGCGUCCCUUUCGUUACCCUCAAUGAUGGCAACAAGAUGCCCCAAGUCGGCUUUGGACUGUGGAAGGUCGACAAUGCCACUUGCGCCGAUACUGUUUACAAUGCCAUCAAGGCUGGCUACCGGCUGUUUGACGGCGCAUGCGACUACGGCAAUGAAGUUGAGUGUGGCCAGGGUGUUGCCCGCGCCAUCAAGGAGGGCCUCGUAAAGCGUGAGGACCUCUUCAUCGUCAGCAAGCUCUGGCAAACCUUCCACGACCGCGAGCAGGUCGAGCCCAUCGUCCGCAAGCAACUUGCUGACUGGGGCGUUGACUACUUCGACCUCUACCUCAUUCACUUCCCCGUCGCUCUCAAAUACGUCGACCCCAAGGUCCGCUACCCACCCGGCUGGUACUACGACGGCGAGAGCAAGAUCGAGCACAGCAACGCCAGCCUACAAAGCACAUGGGAAGCCUUUGAGGACAUCAAGAGCAAGGGCCUCGCAAGGAGCAUUGGUGUAAGCAACUACAGUGGCGCUCUCCUCCUCGACCUCUUCACCUACGCCAAAGUCAAGCCCGCCACCCUCCAAAUCGAACACCACCCUUACUACGUUCAACCUCACCUCAUCGAGCUCGCCCGCCAGCACGACAUCAAGGUCACCGCCUACUCGUCGUUUGGCCCCCAGAGCUUCCUCGAGUGCGACAUGAAGGUUGCCGCCGACACGCCUCUUCUGUUUGACCACCCCGUCAUCAAGAAGAUUGCAGAUGCUCACGGCAAGACUCCUGCCCAGGUUCUGCUGCGUUGGUCCACCCAGCGCGGUCUGAGCGUCAUCCCCAAGUCCAACUCGCCAAACCGCCUGGCGCAAAACUUGGAUGUUACCAGCUUUGAUCUCAAGGACAGCGAGAUUGAGGAGAUUUCGGGUCUGGACAAGAACCUCAAGUUUAAUGCUCCCACCAACUACGGUAUCCCUUGCUACGUCUUUGCAUAGACGGGCAUGGUCAAUAAUUUCUUUUUUUGCUAAUUUUCUACGGAACGUUUUACGAAUUUUUUCGAUGAGCCGACAUCGAAGGAUGAUGGGUAUGAAUAUGGAAGGUUAGGGCAGAUAUCAAGUAUAUAUCAACUCGAAAUAAAAACAAGUGCUCAAUCAACCGAUGCAAUGUCGCAUCCCCUGACUAACGACUACUAUUGAUGUGAUGUGAAAAUAGUAACAAGAAUCUAAACAAAGCUGCCCGUGCACUUCUUCUCCCUCUUCUUCAUUCUUAUCAACGUCAUAAUCACAUGUUCCAUCCUCAAUCGGCAUCUGUUCGGCAA